AUGGAUUCAAAUAUGAACCUCUCACCUUUAGCUAACUUAGAAUCGCUAGAAGGUUCAAUAAGUGAGAAUAAUAAGUCAGUUAUGAAUAGUUACAUGCAAUUGCAACAUAUGAAUAUGCCAGUGCAACGUAAUGAACUUCAUAUGCUUAACAAUGCAUCAUCAAAAGAACUUUUGGAGAAUUGUUAUCCAUUGAAGACACAUCAAUCGUCAAUUAACAUUAAAAAUAAUCAUCAUCAAAUCAUCCACAACAAUAAUAAUGUCAAUCUUGAAUUAUCAAAAUCUAAACACGACUCUAGUGAAACUUCUUACAAUUCAUUUAAUUCACAAAAUGAAAACAUUGAAAAUCAGAACGAUGAGAAUUUUCUUCAACCAUCGCUCGGAUCUGGUGGUGAAAUAAGCAUGGAAGUAAAUAAAAAAUAUUUAUGUUUUAGUGCCGAUCAAGUUCAGUGUAUGUGCGAAGCACUCCAACAAAAAAAUGAUAUCGAAAAGUUGGCAACAUUUUUGUGGAGUCUUCCAUCGGAUCACCUUAUGUGCAACAACGAAUCCAUUUUAAGAGCUCGUGCGAUUGUUGCUUAUCAUCGAGGAGCCUUCCAUGAUCUUUAUAACAUUUUAGAAACGCAUUGUUUCUCGAUUAAACAUCAUUCAGAUUUACAAAGUCUUUGGUUUAAAGGCCAUUAUCGAGAAGCUGAAAAAAUCCGCGGUCGUGCUCUCGGAGCUGUUGACAAAUAUCGUUUAAGAAAAAAGUAUCCACUACCGAAAACAAUAUGGGAUGGCGAAGAAACAGUUUACUGUUUCAAAGAGAAAAGUCGGAAUGCGCUGAAAGAUUGCUACACGAGAAACCGAUAUCCGACGCCUGAUGAGAAGAAAGUGCUAGCUAAAAAGACCGGCUUAACCCUAACACAAGUGUCUAAUUGGUUUAAAAAUCGACGACAACGUGAUCGAACGCCUCAAAGUCGAUGUGACAUGCAUCUUCCGGCGAUUGGUGAUGACAAUUUCCAAAGUCGACUAUUUGGAUCUUACACAACAUCAUCAGUGAGUUCUACACAGUUUCAACAUCAUUCAAAUAUCACGUUCGGUGGUGAUCAACAAAAAUAUCAAAUGUGA